GAAAACUGACAUAGAAGGGACCUUAUUUGUUUACAAAAGGUCAGCUUCUCCUUAUCAUGGUUUUACGAUAGUGAAUCGACUGAACAUGCACAACCUGGUUGAACCGGUAAAUAAAGAUUUGGAGUUUCAGCUCCAUGAACCUUUUCUUCUCUACAGAAAUGCUAGCUUGUCAAUUUACAGUAUCUGGUUUUAUGACAAGAAUGACUGUCAUCGAAUAGCAAAACUCAUGGCUAAAGUGGUAGAACAAGAAGCUCAGAGAUCACAGCAAGUUUCCCAGGACAGAAAAAGUCCCAGCAGGACCAAUGGCUGCAAUGAAAACAGGCCCAUUGACAUCCUGGAAAUGCUUAGUAAAGCCAAGGAUGAAUAUGAACGAGCAUUUCAGUCAAGGCAGAAGCAUCUGACUUUGGAGGAACUGUUUGGAAUGUCUGUACCAAAGGAACAGCCCACAGCCCCAUAUCCCAGUGCAGAGAGAAUGGAAAAGUUACAGACUGACACCUCUGCCAGAGAGCAGCACAAUUUGCUUUUGCCUUUUACCUUUGACCAGUCAACAGUAAUGCAACAAUCACUAGGGAAAUCUGAAACUUCAGUUUCCCAGCCUGAUGUGAAAAACGUUUCAAGCUAUUCAGUUCGUUUAAGCCCUGUUCUUAAUUCAGCCUCGACAAUGGAAGCUGCCCCUGCUCAGAUGCUUCCUGGACUAAAACAAAGCAACAGUAUAAUGCAAGUUAUGCAGCAAGCUGCCAAGCAGAUAACUCCACUAGUGAAUCAGCCGCCAUCUGAGGUGAACCACGCUCCACAAAAUCUAAUGGCUGGGCAAAGCCAGCUUAUAGCACCCUUGACAUCAACAAAUUCAGGAACUGUCUCAAAUACAUCCCAUACAAGUGUUGAUCUUCUCCAGAAACUCAGGUUGACCCCACAGCAUGACCAAAUGCAACAGCAGCCUCUCACUAAGACUUCCUUAACAUCAAACAUCUCUGCCUCGGUUGGCCAGCUUGCAACACCAGAAAGUUUCAAAGAGUCUCACAGUAAGCCAUCAGCUUUGAACAGCAAGAUAAUCUCACCCCUUCAGACUGUACAACAAAACAAGGAAUCAGAAACAUAUCCACAGCCGAAGACUUUGUCUAAAGCAAGUCAAGUUGCACCUCCACAGUUUGUUACAGCCACGACUACAGUAACACCUUCAAUCCUCUUGUCGCCAAGUGUUUUUCAGCAAUCAUCUACUAAAGCUACUGAAGUGGAGAAUAAAGCCACUUCUUCUUCGCCUUUAACACUGGGAGCAACAGAAAUUCAGACUAUACCUCCUACUGUUCUCAGUAGGUCUCAGCUUCAAGAAGCACUGAUACAUCUAAUAAAGAAUGAUUCCCGUUUUCUCAGCACUAUUCAUGAAGUCUACUUGCAAGUCCUAACCAAGAAUACAGACAACAUUAAGCUAUAA